AUGGAGUUGACGAGGGUUGAUGGAUUGGUGGUGGUUGAGGUGCCCACUCAUGACUGGAGAGCAUUCACGAGGAGAAGGAGCAACAUGGAAACCGACGAAACAUCACGCUGGGUGGGGAUGAGAGGAAGAGCGUCCUACGAGAACUUGCUGAAUCCUGUGAAGGAAGCAGGUCGUGAUCCUUCCCUUUCUCGCUGGCUCUUUCCUGUUGCUGCUCGCCUUCGCACCUUCCGGUUUCUGCCAUUCGGCUACCAAGAUAAGCACCAAACACUCGCUCAGCAUGGAUGGACCAGACCAGGUCAAACGCCGAUACUGGGACCUGGCAUCAGAAAUGAGGGAUUCCUUGAUCGUUUCGACGUUUGGUGCUUUCUCACAGCCAGUAUCAUGGACUUUGUCAGCAGUCUUAGUCAGAUAGAUCACGCAAAGGUGGUCUCGGAGCUCUUCCAAGACAUCAUCACGCACACAUCCUACGAGAAGCUCAAGGGCAUUUCCGACCAAAAUGCUGAGCUCCGCGACAAAGUCAAAAAGCUCACGACAACUCUUGAGGUGAACCUCGAGAGCCUGCACAACACCAAAGCAAAACUGGACAAAUCAUGCCAAGACCUGCUAAAGAAAGACGAACAAGUCAAGUCUCUUCAGAAGGAGGCCGACCACCUUGGUUCAAUACUCACCGCCAAGACACAUGAGCUCAAAGAAGGGGCCCAAAACACAACCAGGGCUGAAGACGCAUUCAAAAGGGCGGAACUCGAAAUCGAGGAUCUUACCAAAAGUCUCGAGGAAGAACGCAAAAAGACCGAAGACAGGGAAGCCAUCGAGCAAGAAUUGGAGAUGACCAGAAGAGAUCUUGAUCACUACAGGCAAGAGCUCAGAAAAUUGGAGAACUUCUCAAUGCCGCUGAAACCUACACGAGUGGAAGAGAUAACCUCUCGCUUCACCAAGAUUUUCGACCUCGCUUGCGACCUAGCCAAGAAAUUCUUUGGGGCAGACCUUCCCGAGUCUUCCUUAGCCAACGUGACCCUGUGGGAUCAACUGAAGAAGCACAACAUUGUUCACCAAGCCCGGAUUCCACUGCCCUUAUCCAACACUGUCGCCGCCAAGCAGAUGCGCAGCGUCGCUGUUCUCGCUGUCCUUUACGCCGAGCUAAAAGAGCACGUCUUUCAGCCGACGUAUUUGUUCGAGGACCCCCGUGCCAACGAUGAGUUUACCAGAUUGCUCAAAACCAUGGAUCCCGCCAAAGAGGCCUAUCUGCGCUCUGUUCUCCUUGGCUCCAUUGAUAAGGACGUGUGGAAGGAGAAGGUCAAGGCCAAGGUAGAGACACUGAAAGCCAGUGUAGAUGACUGCGUUGGGCCGUUGUUGUCAGAGCCAGAACGAGUUCGUUUCAGGGACCACCUGGACCGUUUCUGCAGAAAGGCUUGUUCUCUUUGGCAUUAUAUGCAGAAGUUGGAGGACAAGGUACACUACUCGGCUGAUGACUGGGUAGUACCAGGCUCGGAAGCUUACCGUCUACUUCCAUUGUCAUCCAUGGUUGUGGUGAGCGAGGAGCUGCCCGAUGAGACGUAUCCCGGCGAAUAUCUCGAAAGCCCCAAGCAAAGACAACCGUUUAUGGGAAACGGGCAGUCAUCCCCUGUCAUGUCUUCCUCAAACGUCACUUUUACUCACGACAUUGAUAGGCUAUCGACCUCACCAUCACCAUCCAGGUCAAGAGCCAGAACGUUCACCAUGGCAUCAACCGUCGCCACUGCUGCCGCCAGUACCGCAGCUGGCCCUGGUGAUCUCUUGAGCGUUGUCUGGCCGGCCUUCCACAUUGACCCAAGCACAGCGGAAGAAGACGUCUACAUGAUCUCAACAGGCUAUGGAGUCUGCGAGAGUCAGCUCAAGACAGCUAGGGAGGAGGAGGCUUACUCGACUGGCACACAUCGCGCGGCCAGGCAGAGUCGAAGACGCCGGGGCAUGUCGUCCGCUGCCAGAAACCGGACUCCGGGGGUCUCAGGAUAUGGAGAUGGCGAUGACGGUGACCAGCAAGACGGAGUGUUUGAGUAUGGUUGCGAGUCUACGCUGUCGUCUUUUUUAAAUGCAGGUCAGUCGGAGUUGAGCAUUGGGUCAAAGAGAGGUUGGUGAGGAGGAAAGUGAAAAGAGGGACAAGGCGGCAGAAGGAGCGAAGCAGUAAAGAUUCUGAAGUGAAGAAAGGAAAUCUAAAGACAAAGACAAAGACAGCUGAGCCCAAUCUGACUUCAAUGUUGACGUUCAUCUGUUUGUACAACUGAUGUCUGCCCGAUCACUCAACUACUGCAGGAACGUGUAUGUUGCAGGUCCAAUGCUGCGGCACUGGGUCACUCACGAUCUUUCGUCCGUACCCAAAGACAAACCAAUUCAC